AAAGAAAAGAAAAACAAAAUAAAAUAAAACCCCCACAGCAACGGAAGGAGAAUAAUCCUUCCUCGCCUCUCGUCUCCCUCUUGCUUGCGCCCCCCGUCUGCGUGCGAUCGAAGCGGAGGCGCGGGCUCUCCCCCGACUCUGAUCCGAUGGCCUUCAUGCGCACCCGCUCAAAUGCCUCUUCUGGCAUGGGAGUUGCUCCUAACAUCAGGGAGACAUUCCUCGAACUUCAGAUGAAGAAGGCGUUCCGAUAUGUUAUCUUCAAAAUCGAAGAAAAGCAAAAGCAGGUGGUUGUGGAGAAGACCGGGGCUACUACUGAAAGUUAUGAUGAUUUUCUGGCUUCUCUCCCAGAAAAUGACUGUAGAUAUGCCAUCUAUGAUUUUGACUUUGUUACUGGGGAGAAUGUGCAGAAAAGCAAGAUUUUUUUCAUUGCUUGGUCUCCAUCAACAUCCAGGAUUCGUGCUAAGAUGCUCUACUCCACCUCCAAGGACCGCAUCAAACAUGAACUUGAUGGGUUCCACUACGAGAUCCAGGCAACCGACCCAUCCGAGGUGGAGCUUGAAGUCCUUCGAGAGCGGGCUCACUGAAUCUGAUUGACCUCGAAGGACCUUGAGGCCUUGAGACUUCAGUCAGAUGCAAAUUCUAUUACCAAUGAUCAUCCUGCCAUGGUAUUGUUAAUAAGAAAAAUGUCCAUGUUUCCUGUAAGCCUAUGGUUUAGCUGUGAUGCAUGACUCUCUAGCUGGUGAAGCGUUAUCGAAGAUCUAUCCCUAUGAGGUCGUGGGCCUGCAAACGAAGCAGCAUUUGCAAACUCAUAUAUUGUGGUAUUGAUACUGGAUUACUGGUUGUUGAUUGUUCCGAAAUGAAACGGCCUGUUUGGUCACUACUUAGCUGCU